AUGGCAUCCAAGAUUGCUGUUGUUGGCGCAGUCAAUGGCCAAAUCUCUGCUGUCUUGGGCAAGUUAUGUGCCUUGCACGCCAAAAAUGCCUUCGCUUUUGCUAUCAUCACUGGAGAUUUAUUCGCGGACCCUCUGACACCUAGUCCGGAGGAAGCCGGCCAACUCAAAGAUUUACUUGAUGGAAAAAUCGAAAUCACUCUACCAGUCUAUUUUGCUCUUGGAAAGCGCGAGUUGCCUCAUGAAGUCCAGGAAAGGUUGAGCGCCAAUGCGGGCGAGCUAUGCUCAAAUCUGUACUUCCUCGGCCGGCGGACGACCGUCAAGACAUCUGAAGGUGUCAAGAUCGUUGCACUUGGUGGAACACAUAUGGACGCUGUCUCUGAUAAGAGCCUGAUCACAGAAUUCAGCCCCAGUCACACACAGGAGGAUAUCAAGGUGUUGAGGGGCGCUAACACAGCGGACAUCCUAGUGACGAGCGAAUGGCCCGCUGAGAUUCGCACUGGCUCCAAUGCGGCCUACAUUGGAGAAGAGGCUACCCCCCAGCAGGGCGUUGCAGACCUCUGUACUGUGCUAAAGCCUCGCUAUCACUUUUCCUUCUCGGAUGGCUUCUUAGAACGCGAGCCUUUCUUCCAUGCUCAAGGCGAAGACGACGCUGGAUAUCAGGUCACCCGUUUCAUCAGUCUUGCACCCUUCGGGAAUGCACACAAGCAGAAGUGGAUUUACGCCUUCACACUGGAUACGUCAGUAGCGCCCACUGCGACCGUACCGUCAGGGGUCACAGCUUCUCCGUUGCAGUUCGCUGGGAAGAAGCGCAAGGCUGUAGAAUCACAGGCUCAGUCGUUCUCACGCUUUUCGGGUGGCGAUGGUGGCCGACCAAGAGGUCGUAACAAGCGCGCUCGUCCAACCCCAAACCCGUCAGAAUGCUUCUUUUGUCUGUCAAACCCUAACAUUGCAUCACAUCUCAUCUCUUCUAUUGGCAACAGCGCGUAUUUGACAACAGCAAAGGGACCUCUCCCAACACCCAAGACUUUCCCUGCUCUGGGCUUCCCAGGACACAUGCUCAUUAUCCCGCUCGAACAUUCGCCUACACUUGCGUCAAUACAAGACCAAGACUCCAAGAAGGACACAAUCGCGGAGAUGCAUCGCUAUCGACUUGCUUUGCAGAGCAUGCUGACCAAGAGAUCGGAAGAUGCUGCUGAAGCCGCCAAACUUGGUGCGGUCACAUGGGAGAUCAGCCGUUUGGGCGGUAUUCACAUUCACUGGCAAUUCAUGCCUGUACCUCAAGACAUUAUUCGCAAGGGAUUGGUUGAGGCAGGCUUCAAAGUUGAAGCCGAGAAUCAGAACUAUCCGGCAUUCGAGUCAUCAAGUGUCUCGACCGAUGUCGCAGCCGAGGGUGACUGCUUCAAGGCUACUAUCUGGGACGGAGCCGAGGAGAAGACUAUGGUUCUUCCUCUAGACUCGUCAUUCAGAUUCGAUCUACAGUUCGGACGCAGAGUGCUAGCCAAGCUGCUUGGUCUAGAAGGGCGGUCGCAUUGGCAGGACUGCGAUCAGAGCGAGGCAGAAGAGAACACUGAUGUUGAGACCUUCAAAGCGGCAUUUGCUUCUUUCGACUUCUCGCUGGAGGAGUAG